UGCCCCCGCGCCCCGCGGCUCCGCCGUGCCGGAGCGCCGCGUACAGGUACUGUGGGCUUUCUGAGUUAAUGUUUAAAGCCACAAACCCAUCUGUGCAUGAAGUUCCUCAAACAGAGCACGUUGCUGGCAUGAUAGAACUAGAAGAAUAAAGAGAAGUUGGAUUGAUGAGAACUAUAAGAAAACGUACAACAGUUUGGAGUGGAUUGAUUUAUGAUACGUCUGAUACGUGAGGGCUACAUUUUGUGUCACUGUUGUCCAGCUGCUGGUGGAGUACUUCAGCUGACUUCAUUGCAGCAAGCCCAGCAGAUAGGUCCUCAUCACUAACAGAACAUAAGCAAGUGUGAUGCUGAAAUGAGAUGAGGCUCCGAAAUGGAACUGUGGCCACCGUGUUAGUUUUCAUCACUACUUUCCUCAGUUUGUCCUGGUAUACUGCAUGGCAAAAUGGGAAAGAAAAGUUGAUUGCCUAUCAGCGGGAGUUUCACGCUUUGAAGGAACGUCUGCGCAUUGCCGAGCACCGCACGCUGCAGCGCUCCUCCGAGCUCAACGCCAUCCUGGAGCAGUUCAGAAGGGCCGUGGCAGAAACAAACAGCAGUAAGAAUGCAAUGAAUAAUUUUUCAGAUGAGACACUGAAAUUGUUAAAAGAGCUAACAAGUAGAAAAUCUCUUCAAGUGCCAAAUAUCUAUUACCAUUUGCCUCAUUUGUUGAAAAAUGAAGGAAGUCUUCAACCUUCUGUGCAGGUUGGCCUUGGAAGGACAGGAGUUUCCAUUGUAAUGGGAAUACCUACAGUGAAAAGAAAAGUCAAGUCUUACCUUACAGAAACUCUCCACUCCCUUAUUGAUAAGCUGUCCCCUGAAGAAAAACUGGAUUGUGUUAUGGUUGUCUUUAUAGGAGAGACUGAUCUUGAUUAUGUUAACAGUGUUGUUGCAAGCCUGGAAAGAGAGUUUUCUACAGAGAUCAAUUCUGGCUUGGUGGAAGUAAUAGCCCCUCCUGCAACAUAUUAUCCUGACUUGACAAACUUGAAAGAAACAUUUGGAGACUCAAAGGAGAGAGUGAGAUGGAGAACAAAACAAAACUUGGACUAUUGUUUUCUUAUGAUGUAUGCCCAGAAAAAGGGGGUUUAUUACAUUCAGCUUGAAGAUGACAUUGUUGUCAAGCAGAAUUAUUUCAGCACAAUAAAAAAUUUUGCGCUUCAGCUCGCUUCUGAAGAUUGGAUGAUUCUAGAAUUUUCUCAGCUGGGUUUCAUUGGUAAAAUGUUCCAAUCUCCAGAUAUCACUCUUAUUGUAGAGUUCAUAUUUAUGUUUUAUAAGGAGAAACCUAUUGAUUGGCUCCUGGACCAUAUCCUCUGGGUGAAAGUGUGUAACCCUGAGAAAGAUGCUAAACAUUGUGAUCGACAGAAAUCUAACCUACGGAUACGCUUCAGGCCUUCUCUUUUCCAGCAUGUUGGCCUCCACUCUUCUCUAGCAGGGAAGAUCCAGAAACUCACAGAUAAAGACUUCCUGAAACCAUUACUGCAUAAAAUCCACGUGAAUCCACCUGCAGAGGUUUCGACAUCUUUAAAAGUCUACCAGGGGCAUACGCUAGAAAAAACCUACGUAGGGGAAGAUUUUUUCUGGGCUGUCACACCAGUUGCUGGAGAUUAUAUUCUCUUUAAAUUUGACAAGCCAGUCAAUGUAGAAAGGUACUUGUUUCACAGUGGCAAUCCAGAGCAUCCUGGAGACAUACUUCUAAACACAACUGUAGAAGUUUUGCCUUUUCAGAGUGAAGAACUGGUAUUAAGCAAAGAAACCAAAGACAAACGCUUAGAGGAUGGUUACUUCAGGAUAGGGAAGUUUGAAAAUGGUAUAGCUGAAGGAACAGUUGACCCCAGCCUAAAUCCUAUUUCAUCAUUCCGGCUUUCAGUGAUACAAAAUUCAGCUGUUUGGGCAAUUUUGAAUGAGAUUCAUAUUAAAAAGAUUACAAACUGAUCAUGGAAAUCUGCUUUAGAGGAAAAAGAAAGAAUCCUUGAAAAUUCUUCCUAUAAAAUCUGACAUCCUUAGAAAGUCACAAAUUGAAAAUACUGAGCAUGCACCUUAUUCCAAAUGUCAUUAUUUUUCACUUGAACUCUACCUCCUGUGAAAUCUACUGUAGAUGAGAAGAUUGUAUUUACCCCUUCUUAUCUGAUCCAUCCAGAAACUGAUGCUCCACACUGAUAAUGCCCGUCCGAGGCCCAAGUUGUCCUCCACUGUAAUGUGACUUUACCAUCUUACGGUUGCAGAACCCUGUUACGCUUAACCUGUACUAUUUUGAUAGUGUAGUAAUAUAGUUGUACAUAUUGUUACAUUCCUUGAAGAAAAAAAAUAUAAUUAUUGUUAAAUAAGUUUUAUGAAGGGGGUACUUUCGGAGUUCCAUUUAUUUUCUAUAACAAGAACCCUCUUUUAUAGACUGUCAGGGAUAUAUAUUAAAAAUGCUAGGGAUAUUUAAUUUAUUAAAAUAAUUUGAAAAGUACAUAUUUUUAUGCAGUAAAAUUUUAAAUUGAUAUAGUUUUUUUAUGAAUUGUCUAGUUUAAGUUAUCUUUCUACAUUUUUUUUUGGAGAUGCAAACAUAAAUUAAUACCAUAUUUCAAAUAUACUGCCAUGUUUAAAAAAAACAAGAUUAAGUUUCUAAAUUAUGUAGUUUUAUACACAGAAUCUGAAUGAUGUUCAGAGGCAUAAACAGAGUUCUGAAGAGCAUUAUUCUUUGGGGCUUAUGAAAUUAUACUAUGUACAGUUUGUAGCCACAUAAAAAGCAUGUUGAAAUGUCUUGUUUCAUAUUAUGUACUAAAUCUGCAGUGAUUUUAGAUUGAAUCCAUUGCAUUUUAGAAGAAUUUUUUUUUAACUCCAAACCAGUUCUUU